CCGCGCGCCGCCGCCGCCCCGCCGCCGCCGGCUCCCGCCGCCCGGGCCCGGCCGGCCGCGCCGGGGGCCGCCGCGCUCGCCGCUGCCGCCGCGCCGCCGCCGACAUGGACACCAAACAUUUCCUGCCGCUCGACUUCUCCACCCAGGUGAACAGCUCCCCCCUCAGCUCGCCCACGGGGCGGGGCUCCAUGGCUGCCCCCUCGCUGCACCCCUCGCUGGGGCCCGGCCUCGGCGCCCCGCUCGGCUCCCCGGGACAGCUGCACUCGCCCAUCAGCGGCAUGGGCCCGCCGUUCUCCGUCAUCAGCUCCCCCAUGGGCCCCCACUCCCUGUCCGUGCCCACCACGCCCACGCUGGGCUUCGGCACCGGCAGCCCGCAGCUCAGCUCGCCCAUGAACCCCGUCAGCAGCACGGAGGACAUCAAGCCCCCGCUGGGCCUCAAUGGCGUCCUCAAGGUCCCGGCCCACCCCUCAGGGAACAUGGCGUCCUUCACCAAGCACAUCUGCGCCAUCUGCGGGGACCGCUCCUCAGGCAAGCACUACGGCGUGUACAGCUGCGAGGGCUGCAAAGGCUUCUUCAAGCGGACGGUGCGCAAGGACCUGACCUACACCUGCCGGGACAACAAGGACUGCCUCAUCGACAAGCGGCAGCGCAACCGCUGCCAGUACUGCCGCUACCAGAAGUGCCUGGCCAUGGGCAUGAAGCGGGAAGCCGUGCAGGAGGAGCGGCAGCGGGGCAAGGACCGCGGCGAGAGCGAGGUGGAGUCGACGAGCAGCGCCAACGAGGACAUGCCGGUGGAGAAGAUCCUGGAGGCCGAGCUGGCCGUCGAGCCCAAGACGGAGACGUACGUGGAGGCCAGCGUGGGGCUGAACCCCAGCUCGCCCAACGACCCCGUCACCAACAUCUGCCAGGCGGCCGACAAGCAGCUCUUCACGCUGGUGGAGUGGGCCAAGCGGGUCCCGCACUUCUCUGAGCUGCCGCUGGACGACCAGGUCAUCCUGCUGCGGGCCGGCUGGAACGAGCUGCUCAUCGCCUCCUUCUCGCACCGGUCCAUCGCCGUGAAGGACGGGAUCCUGCUGGCCACGGGGCUGCACGUGCACCGGAACAGCGCCCACAGCGCGGGGGUGGGCGCCAUCUUCGACAGGGUCCUGACGGAGCUGGUGUCCAAGAUGCGGGACAUGCACAUGGACAAGACGGAGCUGGGCUGCCUGCGGGCCAUCGUGCUCUUCAACCCGGACUCCAAGGGGCUGUCGAACCCGGCCGAGGUGGAGGCGCUGCGGGAGAAGGUGUACGCGUCCCUGGAGGCGUACUGCAAACACAAGUACCCGGAGCAGCCGGGGAGGUUCGCCAAGCUGCUGCUGCGCCUGCCGGCCCUGCGCUCCAUCGGCCUCAAGUGCCUGGAGCACCUGUUCUUCUUCAAGCUCAUCGGGGACACGCCCAUCGACACGUUCCUCAUGGAGAUGCUGGAGGCCCCGCACCAAAUGACUUAGGCCGCCGCCCGCCGCCAGCUGCCCUCCUGGCCGAGCCCCGUCCCUGCCCCUCUCCGCCCGGCCUGUGUGGACUGCGGGGCGCGGCCUGUCACUGCUAAGCCUAAGAGAUGUGUUGCCACCCCCGCUUCCAGCGCUGCUUGUCUUUGGACCCCGCAGGGCAUUGCUUUCCCGGGGCGGCCGGAGCGGCAGAACUCACGUGGCCCAGCGGCCAGCGGCUCCCGGAGCUCAGGGUGGCUCGCGGCCUCGGGCCCUGUCCCCGCAGCAGGCGGAGGGUGGCGCGGGGCGGGUUCGGAGUGCGGGCCCCGCCCUCGAUGGGGGAGGGCGCAGAGGAGGACGAGGGGCUCUGGGGGGCUGGCUGCUCCUCGGUGGAGGGGGAGCGGCCCCUUCUCCAAAGAUGACUGUGGGGGUGCCCCGAGCGCCACGCCAGGAGCUGACCUCCGCGGGGUUUGGGGUCACCGCGAGGCUGCAGGGACGAGGGCCGCCCGCCCACCUGUCUGCUCACUGCAUCGUUUCAGCUUCGCCCCUGCCCCCCGGGGUCCCGCCUGACCCGGGGUGACCAGACGGGGUGCCCGGUCUCUGCUCCAUCCCAGAUGGGCUCGCAGUCUGUGCGGAGGCCCAGGCUAGCCCCGUCCCACGCUCUGCCGUCCGCCUUCUCCCCGGCACAGGUUGCCCCCGGGAGGCCCGCAGGGAUGCGAGGGGAGGAGCCUGCCUUCCCAGAGGGUCUCCAUCCUGUGGGGAGCCCGGGGGCCUGUGGGCCCAGGAGCCGCAGGAGGGGCAGGCGGGGCCGCGGCUGGAGCUCCCGGGAGAGACGCCUGUUCCCACUGCAAAGCUCAGAGUCGGGAGCCCCUGGGCGCCAGGCCCUCCGCGCAGCUCGACGCCCCUGGGAACAGCCAGGCUGGCCUGGGGUGGAGCCGGUGGGGCCCACCUGACAGGCCUCUGGGGGGAGGCACCCCGGUCAGCCCAGCACCCACUUCUGCAGCGUUGGGACCAGCCCAGUGGGGUGGCGCUCGGGGCCUGUGGGUGGGGGCUGGCGGGUUGAACUGGCCUUGUGCACGGUCACCCCCCUCCGGCCUGCGCUUCCCAUUCUCACCCCACCCCCCCGGACCCAGCGCCGAGCAGAGGGGCCCGAGGAGGGGGGCUGCGGGGUCCUGCCUGCUCAGCCGGGGGCGUGUCUGUGAUGGCAGCGUCCCUCCCACCUCCCCCACCAGCAGCCCCGGACGGGGGGUGUGUCCGAGGGGUGCCUUCCCCAGAGUCACCAGAGGGUGCAGGGUGCCGGGCGGGGGCUGGCGGGAGAGGCGGCCUCGGGGAACAGUCCAUUCUUUGCCUCCCAGAGCCGCUCCUGGGCUGAGCUGGGGGCCCCUGGCCGGAGGCUGCCUGCCCCGGGCACUGCCCUGUCCACUGUGAGGGGUGCCAGGGCCUGGCACCUUCUGAGCCGACGCACCCCAUCGCCCGUGCCCGGCUCCCUCCUGCUCCCCUGGCCUCUUGGGGGCGUGGGGGCCUCUGGUGGGGGGUCGGCUUCUUGGGGAGUCACCGUUCCCGGCUGGCAGCCCGCAGAGCCCUGUGGCCCCCAGGCCACCCCCUCCCUCAGGCGGAAGCGCCCCCGGCCCCCGGCCCCC